AUGGACACUGUAUCAGGUAUCGCCGUCUUCUGGGAUAGGAUCUUCGCUUUCGCAGGCUCUUCUUAUUUUUUGUCGAUUAUCCUCGAUGAAGGGGACGACUAUGAUGGCAGGUGGACUGAGCACCUCACUCUCAUCGAACGCAGAACCGAAUACCUCUUGCAUCUUUGGGGGCCUUAUCAUGGAAUGUUUGCAGUGGCUCCUGGUGCAUAUACUCCAUAUGAACUUCGUUGGGACAAUGUGAUCCUGGAGGGCUGCAAACUGGAUUUUGUGUUCUUCCGUACCGUGACGGCUCUGUCUUCGUCAUGCUUCAUAUCGCUAUCCGAUUAUUCCGUUCCUGCAUCCUUGUACUAUUCUGUGCUGGGUCCACGGAAUGAAGCGGAGAUGCAUUUCAGUUCGCCGGCAUUCCAAGAGUUGCAAGAAGCCGGCAAGAACAAGAAGAAGCAGACUUCGCCGAAGGAAGGCAGCAAAUCCGAGAAGAAGCAGACCCCGGCGAAGUCUUCCCACGAGGUCGCAGAGCCGCCGAAGAAGAUCGCCAAGCAGGAGGAUGCUGCCGAGAGCGCCGAUGAUUCCUGGAGCUCCUGGUCCUGGAAUGCAAGUGCCGGACAGGACAACCACUGGUGGUACGGCAACAACAGCAGCUGGUGGAGCGGGGGCUGGGAAAAGUCGUGGGAACGGCAGCCUGGGGCUUCAGGGGACAAUGCAGGUGGCCAGGAGCAGCAGGAGGAGCCAUCGGCAGAAGCGGAUUCAAAGCAGGAUGAGGCCAAGCAGGCAAAGAAGAGACAAGCCUACUUGCAGGCACAUGCGAAGUGGGCCCGGUUCAUGAGGAGCCUCGACAGCCCACGGUCGCCGAACCAGAUCGUUUCGGUGGGCGAGAAUGCCAAGUCGGCUGGGGAGGGACUCACCUGUCUGCACUAUCUCUUCGAGUCCUGGUGCAAUGCCGAGGGCGAUUGGCGAAAGUCCUGUGUCUACGUAAACGUGUGCUCGAAGAACACCAAAACUCGGAAGGGAGUCAAAAAGUGGCUUACUUUCCAAGAGUUGGUCAGCAAGCUUGGAGAGACAGUGGCCGAAGCCAUAGUGGAGCACAAGCGGUCCGUGAAAGACUCUGCCGAAGUCAGGGAUCAUCCCGAUUGUCCGGGGGAGGCCCAGCAAUUCUGGGUCCUUGACUCCGAGGCGGAGGAGGAUAUCCAAGAGGCGAAGGGCAAAGCAGCCGCGACGCGGAAGCCGAAGGCCUUGGAGGGCCCGCCGGAUGUCAUGAAAGAUGCCGAGAAGGCUGUUCAAACGGCGAACAAUCGCAUCCAGUAUGUGGGAAAGCUCACUAUGAAGUCGCCGGAGCUGGCCGACAUGUCCGAUGUGCUCCGCAAAGCCUACCUGGACGACUUGCAGAUCAAAAGCAAGGAGGUGUGCAAGAUGCGAAACCGCCUGCAGAGCUUCAUCGACGCUGGCAAGGUGAAGGAGAUCCCCGACCAACAGGCUGUGGUGCUCGGCUUGAUUGACGCCAUCGACCGCUUCCUGCUGAUGGGCGACAAAGCCCUCGCAUUCGUGCUCAGCUGUCCGUUGUGGCGGCCACGCAGUGCGAGGAAUUCGCGCUUUUUGCUUUCCAUCUUGUCGUUGGAUGACAGUUACCUCGGCUGGGCAACCCUGAAACCUGUCAUUGGUCAUAUCGUUGCUGCUUUAAGCAGGGCAGCAGCCACACCAUUGACCCAGGACGGUCGCUGCUUCAUCGUCACCGAGAUCGGUGGGGAUUGGAAGUAUUUUCGUGAGGCUCUAUCCCUGCGGUCCCAUUGGAAUUCUCCUUUGAUUUGCCACCAUUGCCGAAUGGUGCGGCAAAACAUGGCAGACCUGCCUCUGGCUACUGACCUGGACUUCAGGGACACUCGGGCUUUUUUGGCUGAGGUUUCAAAGCACGAUGCUUCGCCUUUGGUGCUGCUGACGGAUUUUCAUCCUUCCAAAAUCACCUGGUGCUUGCUCCACAACCUCUACUUGGGCUUGCUCUGGACUGCCAAUGGGGGCGCAAUGGCAUGCCUUCUGGACAUGGCUUGGUGGGGGCUGCCGGAUGUCGACAUCAGACUUCGGCUUCAAAAGGCCUGGGCCGACUUUUGCGACUGGAAGUCUGCAAACAAGGUUACAUGUUCGCAGCGGCAGUUUACACCUGGCAUGCUCUACAAAGCGAAGCAUGGUGCAUAUAUGAGUUGCAAGGGAUUCAACAGCCGGGUUCUUGCUUCCUGGCUUGCCUCAGAGGCACAGAAGGCCUGGCAGGGUACUGCAAACCCCAGCGAUGAGCUGUGUCUUAUGACACAUGCACUGCCCCUCGGCUCCACCCUCAUUCAAUUUCACUGGGACCUUCACCCUUUCCGUUUUCUUUUUCUGUGGCUAGACAACAAUGUCUCAUGUGUAGUGGUAUUCUCCUUCUCAUUCGAGGACCUCGAUCGCCUCCUAUGUGGACUUGUCCGAGAGAUUCCGGCGGUUUUUGAAACCUGGCUUCAUGGAUUUCUGCACGGGAAGCCCUAA